UCUCGCCUCAUCCAAAAUGGGAGUCAAGACUUUAUGAUGAAAGCAGACAUUUCUUGAUAUCUUUUUGUUGUUUUGUUGUAUUGUUGUGGUGUAUCAAAUAUUUGUCACAGUUCCAAAAGAGAUCAUGUUCUCAGACUGUGAAGAUGACCUGUGUAUAUUUGUGUGUGGAACAUGCAAGCAAUACUUCACAAAACUCUCUGAUUUUUCUCAGCACAAGAAAGAAAAGAGCUGUAUAAAGAAAACAUCUACACUGAUGCAAACAGAAAUUGCUCAAGAAAUUAAUGAGAAUGGGCAGUUUGAGAUUUCAAACUACAAUGGAACAGAGAUGUUGAAUGAUUCUGAAGAUAAUUCUCAGCGGAAAUAUCCUAGGAAGCAAGACAAAAAACUUAUAAAAAGGACGAUACGUGAACUUCAAGAUGAGAAAUUGUUAAGUCCUGAAGGGAAAGUAAAUGUUGAGUCAUUAUUUAUCUCACCUGCGCAUAAUCACCGUCCAACCCAGGACUUUAUCACAACAGAACUACAACGCACGUGCAAGCAUCCAGUUUACACGUGCAAAACAUGUCACGCCGAGUUUCCAAACACUAAUGGUCGCGUUUUCAAAUGUGUUGACUGUCGACGCGGUUUUUACACUGAAGCAGACCUCAAUCAACACAUGUUACGCGCCAAACACAAUAAUCUAUGUUCAGUAUGCGGGAAAAUAUUCCCUGACAAAUAUAAACUUCGCAAACACGAACUUAGUCAUGUCACAGAAAAGAACUUCCGUUGUGAAGAACCUGGAUGUACCAAAUCAUUUAAAAGUGCUGAAGAUGUGCGCACGCAUGUUCGAUACGUUCAUGCCGUGGAGAAACGUUUUCAUUGCACGCAUUGUUCACGUGCGUUCACUCGUCUUGAUAAAUUUAAACUUCACAUGAAUACGCAUGGUAUCGUAAUGAAGCCCGGGCCCAUUUCACCGACGUCUGAUGUGUUAGCCACCGACUUCCAAUUUCCUAGCGCUAAAACCCCAUCAAAGGAGGGAAGUAAAGUCACUGAAGUUGUUGAGACUGCUGACAUUGAGAGCGCAGAUGCUUCUUCUCAUUGUUCACGUUUACAUGAUGCGUCUACGACCGUUACCGACGUCGCUGAUCCUUCAGAUCACGUGAAAGAUGUAUCUGCAGUGUCAUUUGAUAAUUCUGUCGACUCAAGGGACAGUGUCCUAGGAAAUCUAACCAAUGCAGAGAACGGUGAACUUUUAAACUCGAGUUUGGUAUUACCAACCGAGUCGACAUACAAGUGUGAAAAAUGUCAUACUAGUUACCAGAACUCGGUUGAGUUUUCAGCGCACGAGGAGCGGCGUGCAGAUCACGUGUUGCGUUGUGACCAAUGCUCUGGGAAGUUCCUUAGUUUCUGUGAAUUGCGCUCGCACAUACGUGCGGAGCAUGGUAACGAGUCUAUUCUUCGCGUCCAGUCAAAGCCUGCACAACCUCCUGGGAAAAAAGAGAAGAAGCAUUUCUGUGAGGAGUGUGGAAAAGGAUUUACACGUGCAGAUAAAUUAAAGCGUCACUCAAUUAUUCAUUCUCCCAACAGACCGUGUAUUCCUUGUAUAUGUAAGGAUAGUCAUGGAUGUGACAGGACGUUCUAUCGUAAUGACUCAAUGAAGCGUCACGCUCUUACUCAUUCUGAAGAUAAGCCAUACACUUGUGAGGAUUGCGGAAAGAGUUUUUCGCGUCCAGGAUAUCUCACGAAACACAUUGGACAAACCCAUAAACGAGAAUUCAAGUAUUUAUGUACGCUUUGCGAUUACGGAGCCCGCGAAAUAAAACGUCUCAAGAUUCAUAUUCGCACUAAACACGAACUAGAUCCAGAUCUUCUUUUGGCGACCGAGGCAUCCGAGAGUAGCCUGGUACCAUCUAUGGCUCAUACUAGAGAGGCUGCUCCCCAUAUGUCUGCUGGGUCACCCAGUACAACUCAGUCUUCGACUGAGAUGAAUCUCUCUAGCCAAGAUUCAAGCCCUCAUGCGCACGAUUCGAUUCCCCAGCACAAUGAAGAUAUGACCUUAGCGCAGGAGGAAGCAACCUCAUCUCAUGUAGUUCGAGAGGAAAUGACUUCACCUCAUCAAGAUAUGCACGCUGGAAUGGAGUACAUUAGCUGCAAUGAGGAGUCUUUUGGCAUAAGUGGCGGGGGGUAUAACUCAAAGGCAGAAGAAAUUGCUGCAAAUGGAAUAGACGAGGUUGUGCCUCACAAUUCUGAUAUUGAAUCUCGCAUACUUGUGCAGCACACUGGAGAAAUAGAUGAUGGGCACUUAGUGUCUACUGCUGGACAAUUGACACAGAGUAUAGAAGCGACUACGGCAGUUAUUGAACCUCUUACCAAUGACCUGCCUCCCACGCAAUUAACAUCUGCACACAAUUUGGAUCGACACACGCAGAAUAUGAGUCCUUGUCGUGGAGAAUUUCACCAUAAUGCCUCUGACGUAAAUCUAGAGGAUAGGUACGAUCAUAGCACAAAUGACAUCUCCCGUAGUGUUGAGUCACCUAGAAAAUCCGAAUCAAGCCCGGUUACUAGACAAUCUGUGAUUAGCCAGGAGCUCACGGAAUUUCGUAUGUUACCGGACAUUCAACAUGCUGUAAGACAUACCUUUAACGAUAGGAGGUCCUCGGAUGUUUUCGGAGAGCAGUCGGUACGCUCUAGAUUUCCUUAUGGGUUUACACCGCAACAAUUUCGUCCCCAAUAUUCGAUGGCAACAGAUUUUACGACAAUGAGUCACCAUACUACGUCAACACUAAGUCAGUUCACCCAACAUCAGUCCUUAUUUAGUAAUAUGCACAUGCAAUUUCAAGGGGGGAGCGAAAAUCUGUCAGAAUAUGAAAGAAAGACACCCCUGAACAGUCGUCCAUUGUCUUCACAAACGCCAUUUUGGCGAACCUGAAAGGAUAAAGAAAUUAUAUUGACGCUAGUGGGUUUUUCUGUUGUAUUUUGCACUUUGUUUGACAUUGAAGCCAUCAUGUCCAAGACAUACUUAGGAAUACUUACAAAGUUAAACUAACUUUAGUCAGGUCACUCAAGAAAAAAAUAGUGCCGUUAAUUGACAUGGAAGAAUGAGGGAGCGCUGUUUCUACAUUUGCAAAAAAUUAUGUAAUGUCCGUUCUCUUACAAUUCUUGAAUAUUCUUGAAUGAAAGUGUUCAACUUUUAGAUGUUUUGCAAUCUGAUAAAUUGACCCCAAAAUAAUCUCUAGUUGAAAACAUCAAGAAUUGAACAAUACGACCAGCAGUCUCCUGCAGAGCACUACGAUAUUUUGUUGGGUAACUUAAGCUAUUUUCCACUUCACGUGCAUUGUCUUACGUCACAAAACUAUUUGUCAAAAAACGAAGGUAUUCGCUAUAAUUUGGUGUACAAAAGAAUGAAGUGAAGAAUGACUUGAAUAAAUCUCUGGUUUCAUCCAUUUUGUAAAUAUGGCUUAACGAUAAUCAUUUUUACUUGCCAAAAUUUUUGGAAUUAAAGAUGAAGUUGAAAAUA